UCUCACAGAAUUAGGUUCCUCUAUUUUAUUCUUCUUCCACAAUCCACACUGUUUUCCUCCGCUUUCCUCUUCCUCUCGCUCUCUCCAUUCGGCUUCUACCACUUGCCGUGGCACUAGAUUUUGCAUCCAACACUAACAGGUUGUGUAAUCACUCUUAUCUUGAUUUAGCAGUUACCGAUUAGAUCAGAUUAGAAGAAAGUUCAGUGGCAGAGAUAGCUCACUAUGGAGAAAAUUAGCGUUGCUGUUCGAGUGAGGCCAUCUGUAUCUCAAGAAUCAUUCCGUGGAACGUAUUGGAAGAUUGACGACAAUCGAAUUUCGCUUCACAGAGCUCACGGCACGCCUAUAUCCGGCAAUUCCUAUGCAUUUGAUCAUGUAUUGGACGAAAGCUGUACUAAUGGCAGUGUUUACGAACUUGUUGUUAGGGAUAUCAUUCAUGCUGCAGUUGAAGGUUUUAACGGAACCGCUUUUGCUUAUGGGCAGACCAGUAGUGGUAAGACGUUCACCAUGAAUGGUUCUGAAAGUGAUGCAGGAGUUAUUCACAGAGCAGUUAAAGACGUAUUUGAAAAAAUUCACACGAUGUCAGACCGAGAAUUUCUCAUUAGAGUUUCCUACAUGGAAAUUUAUAACGAAGAAAUUAAUGAUCUAUUUGCAGUGGAGAACAAUAAAUUGCCAAUUCAUGAGAGCCUGGAGCGUGGGAUAUUUGUUGCAGGUCUUAAAGAAGAAAUCGUCAAUAAUGCUGAUCAAGUUUUAAAGCUCAUCCAGCAGGGUGAAGUAAACAAACACUUCGGUGAAACAAAUAUGAAUGCCAGGAGUAGUAGGUCGCAUACAAUAUUCAGAAUGGUCAUUGAAAGCAAGGGGAAGGACAACGGCGAGAAUUUGAAUGCUGAUUCAAUACGUGUCUCUGUAUUGAAUUUGGUAGACUUAGCUGGGUCUGAGCGUAUUGCUAAAACUGGAGCUGAAGGAGCACGUUUGAAGGAAGGCAAGCAUAUUAAUAAGAGCUUAAUGAUUCUUGGGAAUGUUAUUAAUAAGCUAAGCGAGGGAGUUAGGCAGAGGGGACAUAUUCCCUAUCGAGAUAGUAAGCUGACACGCAUACUCCAACCAGCUCUUGGUGGUAAUGCCAAGACUUCAAUAAUUUGCACUAUUGCUCCAGAAGAGGUACAUGUAGAAGAAACAAAAGGAACUCUCCAAUUUGCUAGCAGAGCAAAGCGCAUCACCAAUUGUGUUCAAGUGAACGAGAUUUUGACGGAUGCAGCAUUAUUGAAGCGUCAAAAUCAAGAGAUAGAGGAGCUGCGUAAGAAACUUCAGGGAUCACAUGCGGAAGUACUUGAGCAGGAGAUUUUAAAGUUAAGGAACGAUAUGUUGAAGUACGAACUUGAACGAGAAAAGUUGCAAAUGGAACUUCAAGAGCAGAGGAACUCACAAAAAGAACGCGAUCAACGUAUCAUGGAGCAACAGAUGAAAAUUGAAAAUCUCAAUAGUCUUGUCAAUCUUUCGGAGUCUUUACAAAGCUCCUGUCAAAGUCAAGAACAAGAUUCUUUUAAAAGAACUCUCAAAGAAGAUUUUAGUGACAGUUGUAAUAAAAGCCAUGAAGAUGCAUUUAUAACACCUUGUUUGAAGGCAGCGCCUAAUGCGUUUGUUGCGAAGCGAUCUGAUUAUUCUAUGCCCACGGAGUUUAGCCCUCUUCCAGAUGCUUUUAGCAACGUUGCAGAUGAGGAUACUUGGUUGAAGUUGAAUAAAGGAUAUGUAGCCAACCUUGAUACACUWCAAACGACUCCUGCAAGAAAAGUGCAAUCUUUUCCUUUUAAUGAAAUAACUCCUGGUCGUUGCAAUGAGGGCCAUAAACAAGAGUUUCAACAUCUUGAGAAACAACUGGAGCAUGCCAUCAUGGAGAAGAAUAGACUUCAGGAAAAGCACGAGGAAGAAGUUCUUAUAAACGAGAAACUGAAGGCAGAGAUAUCAGAGCUAAAGCAAUUACGAKUAAUCAGGGAACUUCCGCAAAAGAUGUGCCAUUCUUUGGCGAUGUGCAAAGAUGUUUACAUGGACAUCUUAUCUUCCCUUCAGACUUCCAUAUGUGACGAGAAACCAUCAGCUGUAAAAUUGCUCUCAAGCACUUGUGAAAUUGGAACAUGCCUCUUCACUACUCUGGAGGCUCAUUUAUCAAUGGCCAUGAAUUGGCAGAGUGAUUCGGCAGUGAAUGAUUCACCUAUUCAAGAACAACAUGAACAACUUCGUGCGAGGUUGAAUAGCAUAAUGGAAUCUCUUGUGCUAUCAGAAACAUCAAUAAUUGGUAGUGAGCAAACGACGGAUCCAUUAAGCACUCGUCAGUGUGAGGAAUUUGCUGAAGACGACUUUUGGAAGGAAAGUUUGAGUACUGAACUCGACGAUAUCAGGAAAAUAUGCCAUGGCCUCGAGAAAGAACUAGAAUCCAGCAACCACCUUUUGGAGUUAUCCAAGCAACAAUAUGACAACUUAGACAGAGAAUUCAAGCUUAUUAAAGACGAAAGAGACUCUCUGCGUAAAAUGGUGUCUGAAUGUGUUAAAAACGUAGAGCUGGAGAAGGAUCAGAAAGAAAAUGCAUUGAAGGAACUGAACACUGAAGUCCAAAGACGAAGAGAUAUAGAAGAAGGGAUUAAGCGAUUCAGUACAGCAUUUGCCUCUCGACACAAAUCAUUCAUGUCAUUCAACAGUGAGCUAAGGUCCAAAACCGAGGAUCUGAGAACCCAGAAUCCCAAAUAUUUUGGGGGUUGAAUUGGUCAUUUAUGCUCGAAUUAUUUUGAAUUUCUGCUCGUUUGUGGCCUGUAUUAUGUCUUGUGUAAUUAUGUAUGCAGUAUCAGUUCCCCCAACUGAACCCUUGGUUGAAAUGAUGAUACAGCUCUUCCAGAGUAAUAUGUUGAUAAAACCUACUUGUAUGAUAAUAUUUCUAAGAAUUCUAUUGUAUUAAUGGAUGGUUCGUGGGAUUAAUAUGGUUUUAAGUUG